GAAUAUUCAUUUUUAUCGAUUGUAGUACACGUAGCGUAGAAUCUCAUUACAGACACACUAAAAUACAAAUUUAUACUUAUACAUACUAAGGGGAUAAUCAUUAGGGACUUUAGCAUAUGCGUCGUAUAUUGAAUUUUGUAGAUGCCUUGCGUAAAGUGCGCUUAAAACUAAGCGUCCAGCAUUCUAAUCGCACAAAUGGACUGCAAAAUACACAAAUUCAUGGUUCGAAAGGCUACACUUUGGGGACCGGAAAGUCUAGUACUGAUAAUCAAACGGAAUUCAGCUUGGUAUGCAAUGAUAAAACAGAGGAAUUCGAUGAUAAGGAUCUCAAGGAUGAGUGGUCUUCGUUUCAAAAGCAAAGCAAAAUUGUUAUGCAGAAAAAAGAGAAAUGUCUAAAAGAACUAAUAGGCCAGGGGAUACCUCCGCUAGCACCACCACCAGAUAAAACAAUAUUAUGGCAAAAUCUCAAAGAAGUUUUACUUGUUUGUGGCGGUCAGAAGCAGCCAAUCUUCCAGACAGAGACAGGUCAAGGACCAGAACAAUUGGUUGGAGUAUUGGAGGCCCAACGAUUUGUCAGCGAUAUCUUUGCCGCCUUGGACGUGCCUCAAGAUGCGGCAAGUGAUAUGGCUGAUGCGCUUGUUGCAGCUGAUUAUAUGGGCCAUAGGAGUAUGGGUAUUCAUCGCUUGCCCGCCAUUGCAGCAGAUCUUCUUAAUUGCACCGUUUCGGCCAUUGCUAAACCUGAGAUUCAGAAAGAGAAUGAUGCCCUGGCCCUGGUAAAUGGCUCGAAUGCUCCAGGUCCAGUGGUGGCCACAUUCUGCAUGGAUCUGGCCAUACAGAAGGCCCAACAAGUGGGCAUCGGUUGGGUCGUUGCCCGCAAAUCUAAUUGCAUUGGAAUGGCAUCAUGGUAUGCAUGUCAGGCAAUGGAGAAACGUCUCAUCGGGCUUUGCAUGUCGAAUGCGGCACCCACAUUAGUGCCCAGUGGUGGUAUUGAACCUAUAUUGGGAGAAAAUCCUAUCGCCUGUGUAGCUGCCGGUGAACAUGAGCAAUUUUUAGUGGAUUUUGGUCAAUCCUCGUGCUCUGUAGACCAAUUGGAACUCUCCUACUGCAAUGGUAAAUUAAAGGAAUUGCCUCCAGCUUUGGCUCUUAACGAGAGCGGUGAGCAGGACACAAACGAUGUCGCUGAAGCUUUGAGAGCUCAACGUUUCUAUCCUUUUCGACCGGCCUACAAGGGGUUUGGUUUAGCUGCCAUGGUUGAUAUUCUUUGUGGGGUUAUGAGUGGUGCACAAUAUGCCAAUCAACUUCGUAAACGUGGAAUCUUUAGCACUGAAAAUAAACCGUACGACCUGGGCCAAUUAUAUGUGGCAAUCGACCCUCGACAAUUUUGCACAACAUUUGAGGAUCGUCUGGCUGAUUUUCAGCAUUUGUUGCGAAAUGCUAUGCCGUGCCCGGUGGGGUGCAAGGAACAAAUUAUGGCACCUGGUGAUAAGGAAUUGCUUCAUAUGCAAAUGGUGGACAAGGAGGGUGGCCUAAGAAUCUCGCCCUGCACAUUGGGUAUACUUCAAGAGUUGGCCGAUACUUUAAACAUGACACCAUUGCAACCGUAUAAGGAAGAUGAUACUAUAUGACAUGCAAAAACCAAUUCGAAUUGUCAAACUUGUGAACAUUGUUUGGCCUUUAAUUUUACUUUGAGAAACAAAAAGAGGAAACAAGUAAAGACUAAAACAGAAAAAAAUGUACGGAAAAAAAGGGUAAAACAUGCAAA